AUGCCUGGAAAAUGCAAAUUCCAAGAUGCUUGGCUGAGUAACCCGCAGUAUAAUAAGUGGAUAGAACGCGGGAGUUCUUCGUCAGAGGCAAAAUGUAAAGCAUGCAAAAAGACAUUCGCUGUUCAAAAUAUGGGAGAAGCAGCAGUGAAAAGCCACAUGAAAUCGAAGAAGCACGUCGAUGCUGUUAAAGGUACGUUUGUGUGUUCAAAUUUGAAUUUACUAGAAUUUAAAGUUUGCAUCAAGACAAGAAAAUGCAUGUUUGCGUUAGAUAUUUGUCUCGAUAUUUGUACCAACUCGUGAUUCAUUUAGGAUGCAGCCUGUAUUGGGUAUAACAUAGAUUUAAGUGCUGUGGUGUAAUAAGAAUCGGCAAAAUAAUCAAACAGAACAAAAGAAUUUGUCAUCUAAAGCGACAGAAUAUAAAUAAAUGUCUUUUUAAUUUCGGGAUGACAAAGAUAAUGCAUGGAUUGUACCGAUGUUUAGGCAAGAGUGUUCUUUUGAGUUUUUGAGAGGCUGCAGGGGGGGGGGGGGGGGUGGUUGGGGGCCGGUGGGACUAAACUCGGAGGUAUAUUAAAUUUCAGAUAUAAAGUUAAUGUAUUAUGAGGGACUAGCAAAACGGCCAUUUCAUAUUUUUUUAUUUAGCGCAUCUUUAUUUAUUAAUACAAAAUUUAUACAAUAGUUAAUACUAUGCGAUACAACACUAAUACACUAAAAGUGAGUUUUUAUUUUUCCUUGACAUUUGUGGCUCAGCAUUGGGAUUAAUUAUGGCUUCAGCCCCCCCUCCUUCAGUUCUGUUGUGGCGCCUGUAAAAUAUGGUUUAUUUUUAUAAGUGGAUUGCAAUUUCGAUGAGGCUAUUGUGAAAUUUUGAGAUUCCAGGAUUUCUGUGACAGUAAAUUCAUUUAAUUAGGGCUCAUUUUUGACGAUAUUCAUAAACAAACAUUUUUUAAUUUGAUUUUAGACGAGAGUAGCAAUGCCAGCCUCAGAAACUUUUUACCUGCUGUUGGAAGCCAGCGUGGUUCACAUGAAGUAGGACGCUCUGAACAGCCAUGUUCUUCCGGUGCCGGUGAUAUAAGAAAUUAUGUGGCUUCAAAUGAGACACUUGCUGCAGAAGUUUUGUGGGCACUGAAAGUAAUCUUGUCUCACUAUAGUUACAAGAGCUGUGAGGACAUUCCAGAACUAUUUAAACGUAUGUUUCCGGACAGCCAGAUAGCCAGCAAGUUUUCCUGUGGCGAGAAAAAAUGUGCUUACUUAGCUUGUUUUGGCAUAGCACCCUAUUUCCAACGUAAGCUUACGGAUGAAGUCACAAAACUUGAAUUGUUUGUUUUACUUUUUGAUGAAUCGCACAAUAAAGUUACCCAAACCAAGCAGAUGGAUCUGCAUGUUAGGUUUUGGGAUGCAAAAAACUCCAGAGUGCAGACAAGGUACCUAACCUCUGUAUUUCUGGGACAUGCUACAGCCGACGACCUUUUGGAAAAGAUCGUUAGCUACCUUGAUAGUAUCAAGAUUCAGAAGUCCAACAUAUUGCAGUUGUCAAUGGACGGGCCUAACGUGAAUUGGAAACUGCAUGAGCUAUUCCAGGAACUGAUCUCUGAGGUUGACGAAAACGCACCCAUCUUAGUUAACGUAGGCUCUUGUGGACUUCACAUUGUACACAAUGCUUUCAAAGCUGGAUCAAAGGCAUCUACUUGGAGCAUUCAGGAAGUUCUGUCUUCUCUUCAUUGGUUAUUUGUGGAUUCACCAGCACGAAGAGAGGAUUACACAGAAAUAACCAGCAGUGUUGUAUUUCCAAUUAAGUACUGCAAGCACAGAUGGCUGGAGAACCUGCCAGUUGUAGUACGGGCCCAGGAAAUAUGGAAAGAAGUCACUUUCUAUGUGACAACGGUGCAACGUAGCAGCAAAUAUAGUGUGCCAACUUCAAAGUCCUACAAGACGAUAAGAGAUUCAACCCAAGAUCCACUAAUGCCUCUCAAAUUUGCUGCUUUUGAGUCAGUGGCUAAACAGCUGCAACCAUUUCUGGUACAGUUCCAAAGCGACAGCCCUCUUCUACCAUUUGUGGCCAGCAGUCUAGAGAAGGUGAUUCGUGGUCUCAUGAAAAGGUUCGUCAAAGCUGAUGUACUCCAGGGUGCCAGCUCUGCAGUAAAGCUUCUGAAGAUUGACUUCAAGAAGAGGGAGAAUUGCCUUGACGUGGAGAAGUUGGAUGUUGGUUUUGUUGCUGCCACGAAGCUGAAAGAAUUGCAAGCAGCCAAGAAAAUCAGUGAUCGUCAGACAUAUGAAUUUAGGAAGGAAUUCCAGUCGUUCCUUACAGCUACAGUUGGAAAACUUAUUGAGAAGACCCCAAUUGCCUAUUCCCUUGCCAGGAACCUGUGCUGUUUGGAUCCGAUUCAUAUUGUGACAGAGAAAGAAGCAAGCUGUGCGAGGUUCAAGAUUGUCCUCAAGAAAUUGGUAGAAUGCAAGAGGGUUGAUAUUCAUGAUUGUGACAUUUUGUUGUCACAGUACAGUGAAUUUACGGAACGGGCUACACAGGUGCACAAGUCUGAGUUUGAAGACUUUGACUUUACAGAUCAGAGAUUGGAUGCAUUUCUCCAAAAACACAUUGGUCUUGUCGGUUCACUUUCCAAACUGUGGGACGUUGUGAAAUUCCUCUUGUGUCUCUCACAUGGGCAAGCAAGUGUAGAAAGGGGAUUUUCCGUUAACCGACAGCUAAUGAUUGAGAAUAUGAAGGAGACCACUUUCGUUGCCCAACGCACCAUUCAUGACCACAUAUUGAGUAUUGAUGGAUUUCAUAAAUUGGUCAUUUCGAACGAGCUUCUUACCUCUGCUAAAGCAGGAAGACAGCGGUAUCACGCCCAUCUUGAAGAGCAGCGACAGCUUGCGAAAAAUGUUGCCAAAAGCCACAAACGAAAAUCUGUGGAUGAAGCAAAAGCUGAUUUCAGAAGAAAAAAGAAGAGACUUGAAACAGAGAUCACCACCUUACAGUUUGAUGCUGACAAAUUAGCUAAAGAGGCUGAGGUGAAGAGGCAGCUCGUCUUGUUAACCGAAUCAAAUGCACUCAGAAAUGCAGCAAAGGAGAAGAAGAUAGAACUAGAAAACUUAAACAAGGAAUUGGAAGAGUGUGAUAAAUAA